CUCACCUUCACCUACACUGCUCAAGACUCUAAAGAGCUAGUUCACGACAACUCACGAAUAACACAAUGUUCAACAUGUCGCGCCUCUUCUUCCUCUUCUCCCUCUUCGUCACCCUCUUCACGUUCUCGAGUGCCGCGCCCAUCGACCUUGACCGUCGAGACGUCUGGGUACCAAAGGUUCUCUACCCUCACGCUGGUACUGUCUGGAAAAUCGGAAACCACCACAACGUCACUUGGGACCUUUCUCAAAAGCCUGUUAAUGUCACCAACCCUAUAGGCCAGGUGUUCCUCCGCAGAGGUGGUCUCACGGACGGGUCGAACCCGCUUGCUUCAGGCUUCCAACUCACAGACGGACGCGUAGAAGUCCAGGUACCAAACGUCACUCCCGCUAACGAUUACCAGAUAGUCCUCAUGGGCGACUCCGGCAACUUCAGUCCCGAGUUCUCCAUCGUGGCUGCCUGAAUUUGAAGGGAGUCCAGACCAGACUCACGCACUCUCACCCACGUACUGUUUGGAUGUUUUCGAAACGCGACGAUCUACCCUUCCUAUCAAUGAACGGACCCUCUUCCUCUUUUUCUUCUCCCAACCCAAUGAAAUGACGCCGCGCAAUGAUCAAUGAUCAAUGAUCUGGACUUUCAAUGAAUGAAUCAAUGACAUGGGACAAUUUUCUUUCUUUCUUAACGGACCUUGGACUCUUUCCUCUUCACUUCACAUGGGACACCUAAUCAUCCAAUCUUCUAAUCUUCAUUGUGUAUUAUUCUUUUUCACCUUUCACUUUUCACUUUUCACAUUCCAAAUGGACCUUCCCCAUCCCCAAUAAUCGUGUAAAAGGUUAAACGCAACCCAACCUCUGUGUUUUUUUUGCUUUCUUGCUGUAUAAUGUUUUCGAUGUAGGUAGGAAUGAGUGUAAAAUAAAUUCAACUUUUGGUCGGUCUG